AUGUUAUUCGUGCACAAGGAUGCCUCCGCCCACCGGUUCCCUUUCUUCGCCUCGUCUCCGCCGAAAUCGCCGCCGGCUUCCUUAGCGCGUUCCUUCGAAGACGCCCUCGCCGCCCGCCUGGCCGAUCUGCACCUAGACACCGCCUCACUCUCCUGGCUCACCCGCGCCGUCCGCGUCCUCGCUCUCACCCUCGAUGAUGCGGCCGCCCUCCUGGCUGACGCCCCCGUUUCCUCUUCCGAUCGUGACGCCCUCGCUGGCCACCUCGACUCGGGCGUUGCCCUCCUUGACGCCUGCAACGCCGCCUCUGCCGAGAUCGACCGCCUCCUCCGUCGGCGCCUCCAUCUCCGCUUCGCCCUCCACAUCCUCGCCUCCUCCGAUGGAGGCCGCGACGCUGAGAGGCUGCGUAAGGCGCGGGACUCCCUGGAGGAGUGGACCGUCGGCCCCCGUCGCGCCAUCAAGCCAUCCGCCGUCGACCUAGUGAAAUCCCUGACCCCGGCUAACCCUCCGAAAGGCAAGUUAUCAGUUGCCCGGAGAGCGAUCUACGCCGUCGAGGCGGUUUCCUCCCUGGUCGUCGGCGCCCUCGUGGCCGCCCUCGGCGGCAGCGAGCAUCUUGCCGCCGUUCGCGUCCCUUCCGACCUGCCCUGGGCGAAGGAGUACCACGAUCUCGCCGCGGCGAUAUCGCACAAGCUCGUCGGCGACUGGUUCGCCGCGGAGCUGGAUGCGGCCCAAGCGGCCGUCAAAAAAUUGACGGACGUGAUCUCAACAAACGGCGAAGACAUGACGGAGACGUUACGGAAAUCCAUGGAAGACACCAAGAAAGCGACGGGUGCUUUGACGGAGGGUCUGGACGAGUUAUCUCACGCCGUUAGCGGGCUUUUUCACUCGGCGUUGGGUUUGAGGAACGCGGCGUUGCUAGGAUUCCGCGUUGGCUCCUGCAAAUAG